AUGCCGACAAACACUAUAAGCAACCCUACUUGUCAUCUGCUGAAAUAUAUCUCUAUGAUAAGAACCAGAGUUGGGACUAUCGUGGACACCCCACCUCACCGAGAGCCAUUGAAACACCGACCAGGUCCUCGAGGGCCCAGAACAGGCAGAAUAAGCCAGAACAGCCCGAUCAGCCAGAUCAUGGAGGGGAUUAAGGUUCGUCCGAGAGUGUCCGGUGAUGCCGGCAGCCCGCGUGUGCGGCGCGACCGAAAGACUUCACCGGAAUUCCCGCCACCGCGGUUCAUCUUCCAAUGGGUCGGAAUGGAGCCAAUUGCUCGUCGACUCCUCCCUCCUUCUUUGUGCUCCAUCCAACUGGGGCCACACCCACCCCGAUCCACCAUGGAUCCAGUCCGCGGCUUGCUUGGACAGCACCGGUCCGAAAAAGCAAGGCUACCGAGCUAUUGGAAGUUUACAACGCCACCGCAUGAUGUAAUACUAUUCCCGGCAGACUCGGCGGCGAUCAGAGCGAUCGGCGGUCAAAACCGGCGGUGA